ACUGACGUUCACUAGCACUGCACAUACGCUUUACAGCUGCAGCUGUCAACAUUUCCCGCGCAAAGCCAAAGACAGCGCGUUCCUCAACAAACAAGGUCGGGAAGUGGUGCUAUUUUUUGUGAAAUACUUGGAAGCAAAAACGAGAACUUAAAAAAUGUCAAGUCCUGCUAGAUCGCCCAGUGUCAGAUCUGGCACACCGAAGCAAGGAGCGCGCACACCCACACGACGAAUUGCUACACAGGAUGUUGAUACACCCAUGCGAAUGGGCCCUGGACGUGUGCCCGGCAGGGCAUCGGAUAACAUUAGUCUGCCGCCCACGUCGCCAGCUAAUGUUAGCUUGCCCGCAACGAGUCCGGCUCGAGGCUUAGGCGGCAUGAGCGAGAUCGACUUGAGUUCUCCGCUGAACUAUGGCACGCCCAGUUCCAUGGGUUCCAUACGUACACCACGCUCCGGUAUACGUGGCACUCCAUUACGUGCACGUCCAGAUAUACGCACGGAUAAGCGCAUACGCCAAGUGGCCAUUGGCGGCACAUCCGGUCUGGAUCCCAUAGCCGAAAAGGGUUCAGAGACCGAUCCAGUGUCGGAGUCUUCGGCAGCUCCCCAGCUGGUUGUCUGGGGCACUAAUGUGGUUGUUAGUCAAUGCAAGUCAAAGUUCAAAUCAUUUAUUAUGCGCUUCAUCGAUCCAAGUGCGGAACAGGAUGAGAUCUCGGAGAACAUUGAUGUCAAUCAACCACUAUACCUACAAAAGCUAGAGGAGAUCCAUACGCUGGAGGAGCCCUAUCUGAAUCUAAAUUGUGCGCAUUUGAAAACAUUUGAUCAGGACUUGUACCGGCAGUUAAUAUGCUAUCCACAGGAGGUGAUUCCCGGCUUUGAUAUGGCCAUCAAUGAGAUGUUCUUUGAACGUUAUCCGGCCGCUCAGCUAGAGCAUCAGAUUCAGGUGCGACCUUUCAAUGCAGAUAAGACGCGUAAUAUGCGCUCUCUGAAUCCCGAAGAUAUGGAUCAAUUGAUCAGCAUUAGCGGCAUGGUCAUUCGCUCCUCGAACGUUAUACCCGAAAUGCGUGAAGCGUUCUUCAUGUGCAACAUAUGCUCCUUCUGCACCACCGUCGAGGUGGAUCGCGGUCGCAUAGCCCAGCCAACGCUGUGCACCAAUUGCAACACCAAUCACUGCUUCCGCAUCAUACACAAUCGCAGCGAGUUCACAGACAAACAGCUCAUCAAGCUGCAGGAAUCACCCGAUGACAUGGCAGCUGGCCAGACUCCCCACAAUGUCUUGCUAUAUGCCCACAACGACCUGGUGGAUAAAGUGCAAGCUGGCGAUCGUGUCACAGUUACUGGCAUCUAUCGUGCCACACCUCUAAAAGGCAAAGGGCAGAAUGUGAAGAGUGUGUACAAGACGCACGUCGAUGUGGUUCACUUCCGUAAGGUGGAUAACAAGCGAUUGUAUGAGGAGGAGGAAGGCAAGGAUCACAUAUUUCCGCCAGAACGUGUGGAGCUGCUGCAAUUGCUGUCGAAGAAGCCCGAUAUCUAUGAUCGCUUGGCCCGUGCUAUUGCACCCUCAAUCUAUGAGAAUGAUGAUAUUAAGAAGGGCAUUCUGUUGCAGCUCUUCGGCGGCACUAAGAAGAAGCACUCGACGCUUGGCCGCCAGAACUUCAGGUCUGAAAUUCAUUUGCUGCUCUGCGGUGAUCCCGGCACAUCCAAGUCCCAAAUGUUGCAGUACGUCUUCAAUCUGGUGCCGCGCUCACAGUAUACAUCGGGACGCGGCUCCUCAGCUGUGGGCUUAACUGCCUAUGUUACCAAGGAUCCAGAGACACGCCAACUAGUGCUGCAAACUGGAGCCCUAGUGUUGGCUGACAAUGGUGUUUGUUGCAUAGAUGAGUUCGAUAAGAUGAACGAUUCUACACGCAGUGUCCUGCACGAGGUGAUGGAGCAGCAGACUUUGAGCAUUGCUAAGGCAGGCAUCAUUUGUCAGUUGAAUGCAAGAACAUCAAUUUUGGCUGCCGCAAAUCCCGCAGAGUCGCAAUGGAAUAAGCGUAAAAAUAUCAUUGAUAAUGUCCAAUUGCCCCAUACCUUGCUUUCGCGUUUUGACUUGAUUUUUCUGGUACUGGAUCCUCAAGAUGAGGUCUUUGAUAAACGUCUGGCAAGCCAUUUGGUAUCUCUUUACUAUGUGACCCGCCAUGAGGAGGAGGACACCAUGUUUGAUAUGAGCGUGCUGCGUGACUACAUUGCCUAUGCUCGUGAACAUCUGUCGCCUACUCUCUCGGAUGAGGCACAACAGCGUCUGAUCCAGGCGUAUGUGGACAUGCGCAAGGUAGGCGCGGGACGUGGUCAAAUCUCAGCUUAUCCCAGACAACUGGAGAGUUUGAUUCGUUUGUCCGAGGCACAUGCCAAGGUUCGUCUGAGCAACGCGGUGGAGCUGCAGGAUGUGGAGGAGGCUUGGCGCCUGCAUCGUGAGGCCUUGAAGCAAUCGGCUACGGAUCCGUUGUCGGGCAAAAUCGAUGUUGGUAUCCUCACCACCGGUUUGUCUACGGCAGCUCGUAAGAAACGCGCCGAUCUAGUGGCUGCCAUCAAGGAAAAUCUUAAAAAGAAGGGUAAAGUGCCAACUGUGCCGUACCAGAAAUUAUUCAAAGAGAUCAAGGAGUCUUCUCAAAUUUUGAUAACCCGUGAACAGUUCGAAGAUGCUCUGAAAGAAGUUCAAGAUGAAGGUGCCAUAGUUGUUAUGGGCAAGAACACUAUUCGAAUCUGUUAAUUUCACAUACAAAAAAAAACUCAUUCAUUCCUAGUUUUAAGGACAAAAGUUUAUAAAUAAAGAUCAUGUUUUAAAAUAUAGACAAA